UGCUCCAUGUGCGCAUGCGCCGUACAAAGGCUGCAGUUGGCUGAUUGCAGUUGCUCCACGGUGUCAACAGACGGAAGAACCCGUUAUGUCAACAGUUUUAUCUUGAUGAGAAAGUCACGGAUGCAUCUCCGCCCCGGAUCACACCCAUCAUACCUGCACCCACAGAAGUGUUCACACAAACUGACUAAAUCUCGAUUAAGAAGCUUCCACUUGUAAACGAUCACAAUCACGACUCGUGUUUAUAGUGGCGGGAUCGAAAAGGAAACUAGCUGACGAGUCGAGAUGACUGUGAGGAGACUGACGGGGUGAGUUGCAUCUAUGGUACAAUGCAUUACAUACAUUUCACAGUUGUUUAAUCUAUGCAUGUUUCGCUUUUUAUUCUCAGUGAAAUGUCUUACCACAACGAGGUAUUAAAGGAGCAUAUGCCAUAUGUCCCUCCACCUGCUCUCCACGGCUUCUCCAUGGACAACGGCGGAGCACGCUACAAGGAUGCGCUUCGACUUGGACUGCCCAUCCACAUAGACGCUGCGUACCUCGAUCCUGUGCACGGCCAGGGCUCACCCUACAGACGAUUGUCAUAUUUCCCCUUCCACAUCCCGUUCGAUGUGUGUGAUUACUCCUUUGAGCCUGCAUUCAUCCGGAAAAGGAACGAACGGGAGCGCCAUCGAGUGCGCUGCGUAAACGAAGGUUACGCGCGGCUCAGAGAGCGUCUCCCGCGGGAGUUGGAAGACAAGCGGCUCAGCAAAGCGGAGACGCUGCGUGCGGCCAUCGAUUAUAUCAAACACCUGCAGAGCCUGCUGGACUUAAACGCGUCCGGGAUGGAGACGCCGCUUGGAAACGCGCGUAACAGUGCGCCGCUUCCACAGAGGACAGAGAGCGGAGAUGGAGAAUCCAAAACUGCCCUCGACGACAGUGGGGAAAUAGUUUACUCGCUAUAACGCUCUUGCUGUCUGUAAUAUUUUGUGCAUGAAUUCAGUUGUAAAGAAAGUAAAACAUGGUUAAUUGACACAAUUUCUUCUGUUUGAUUUCGUAAUUCUGUGCUGCAUAAUGUGGUUU